AUGUCCUCCUCAGACUCUGAAAUAAGCCUGUUUGAUUCUUCUCUUUUGGAUUAUCUCGAUCAAAUCGACAUAUCGGAUUUGGACAACUAUGUUUUUUCGACUUCACCUAAUUCUUCGCCCAGUUCUUCACCACCACCGGUUUUAGAGCGAGCUACAGGCAAGAACAUCCGUCUCUCGACCCGCGAGAGGCAGGCCCUGCUUUCUGCAAGGGCUUGCCCAGCUUCAUCCACCCCUGCCGGCGCUUCAGCUCCCCCGCGUCCCUCGGGAAAAAACCUCCAUCUAACCGCCCGGGAGAGGCAACAACUGUUCGCCUCACACGCUCCCAGUGCCCCCGCCGGAGCUUCAGCUCCCCCGCACCCCUCGGGGAAAAACCUCCAUCUAACCACCCGGGAGAGGCAACAACUGUUCACCUCACACGCUCCCAGUGCCCCCGCCGGAGCUUCAGCUCCCCCGCGUCCCUCGGGAAAAAACCUCCAUCUAACCGCCCUGGAGAGGCAACAACUGUUCACCUCACACGCUCCCAGUGCCCCCGCCGGAGCUUCAGCUCCCCCGCGCCCCUCGGGGAAAAACCUCCAUCUAACCGUCCGGGAGAGGCAACAACUGUUCGCGGCACACGCUCCCAGUGCCCCCGCCGGAGCUUCUCGUCCUGCAUCGGGACCAAGACAUCCACAGCCCCUGCCUCUGAGAUCCAAUCUAGGGCAUCUCAGAAGGAGGCGUAGGAGGACCGUUAGGCCAGUCAGGACAAGGAGCACAAGGCAAACACGCAGACAGCGAAACCAGCUCGCUUCCAUCGCUCUUCGAGCUGUAUCUCUGUUCGCUGAAUUAGUGCAACUCAUCUUAUAA